UUUAAAUUGCCUAAAAUUGUUUAUAACAAUUACAAUUUAAAAUACAAUCGAAAGUACAAAGCAAACGAAAAAUAAACGGGACAUUUAAGUGAAAAUCUCCACAAGUGAAAAGACAAAAAAUUCCCGGCCGUAAAAUUUAUACAGAAACAAUACGACAAACAAUUAAAAUAAACAAUUAAAAUAAACAUAUUAAAAAGCAUAUAAAUUCGGUUUUUUCCGGUGAAAUACUUUGAGACAAAUCGACAAACUCAGCGAGCUGCAGAUUUUAUUAAAGAAGAGGAGCCAUAAAGAAGAACCAUAAAGAGGAGCUAUAAAGAGGAACCAGAAAGAAGAGCCAUAAAGAAGAACACUAACGUCGCAAAGAAGGAAGAACGCAAAAAAGAGGCAAAGAAGGACUAGCAAAGAAAAGGAAUUGUACCAAAGGACCCGCCAAAACCAAAGUCAGGGUAUUUAUACCACAAAAAGUAUCGUUCCUUUACAUAUAGUCAGCAGAUAUUAUGGCCCAUGUAAUACUCUCUGACGACUCUUCAAAUGACGAGGCGCUCUCUCUUUUCUCGAGCCCAGAAAGUCAAAAUACCCCUUUCUACCUGGAAAUCUCGCCCAUGUCCCAUAAUUCUAACAACUCUCAGUUUAAUAUCAGUAUAAUAAACAUGAAAAAAUCGCCUUCCAACUCUGCAAUUAACAGUCUAAAAAACCCUUCCGAGGCUGCUAUAAAAAUUAUAAAUUCACUUACAUAUAAGGGGAAAGAGAAUAGAGAAAACAAAAAUGCCCAAAAAGACCCGCUCUUCCUUACUAAUACUAAUAAAGAAACAGCUGGCGCCAAAAGUAGCGUCUCAAAUGGGCCAGUGGUUUCCCCUCUUUCUAUCACACAUACAAAUAGGGGGAAAAAAUUGACAACAGCUCACAACACCAAUGCAGCUGAAAUUACUAAUACCAACACGGAUGACAAAAAGAGCGGCGCUCUUAGAAAUUUCCCUUUCCCCACACAUGAAGACAACAGCAUGGAGAGAAACCUCAGCACAUCUACAAAAAUUGGCUCUAAAAGCAUUUCCCCUCACUCUCUCUCACCUACACACACAAGCAAGGUUAUUAACAUAAGCACAAACAGCCGCUCAAAAAGUCCCGCGCUUGCAAAUGCUGACACACUACAUAAACUAGCCAAUAUAUAUGACAAUAGCAGGGACCACAACCAAGGUGAAACACAACAUAAAUUUAUAACUCGCAAUACUUUUUUCCAAAACUUGUAUCCUAAACCUGACAUUUCCAAACUAAGCUUAAAAAAGAAACCCACCAUUCUCGCGGAAACUACAAAAAAGAAAAGCAUCUCCCCCCAACUGAAAGGCGCUUCUUUGUUUUCCCCUGUUCAGGCUAAUUUAAAUUCCAAAGUCACCACUACUCACUCUAUGGGUAACACAUCUGCAUCCAGAACCCUCAACCGGCCUGCAGCCAAGCGGGACCUUUUUAAUUCACCCCCCAAUAGCACGAACGCACUGCCUAUGAGUUUUUCGGAAGUGGUGGCCGGAACCGGUCCAGGAAUUGUGGCAUCCUCUGAUCCGGCACCAAUUACGAAAACCCCGGGCAAGCGCCCAAAUACCAACAUGGACAUGGAUAGCUUUAGCUAUAAAACGCCCAAUAAAAAAGCAUGUGUGCCCACCAAUUUUGCGACCCCAAACCCUUUCCCCCCCCUAGCCACCCCCAUCUUUAAAAGUAAGGCGGCCAAAAGUAUUGUCGAGGAAAUAAAAGCCCCCCGCCACCCAGUCGAGAGUGAAAAGGCCUCUGCACGCAGCGCACCGGCGCAAACUGAAAUUGCCCCCCCUCCCCCUAAAAAUUCGGCUACCGAACUGCCCCCGUGGCAAAUAGUGCCACAGAGCCGCAGGGCCCCCCUAUUCAUAUAGAAAAUGUUAGGGAAA